AUGUUUAAAAUUCAAGAAUCAAAGACCGUAUUUUUAUUUAUAAUUUUGAUUGUACUUAUCAUUUACUGCAAUGCGCAUCCGCAACCACAAACUUCUUCAAACGACAUUCACAAAAAUGACAAUAUUGAACAAAGGGUUAAACGCGAAUCUGAUGAGAAUCCUGAAAAUCCGAACCUGAUUCAAGAAUUGACGUCGACGGAAGAAUUACCGUUUCUGGUUUCGUUAAUAAGACACCUAAUUCCAGGAGUUAACCCCACUAUUGUCACUGUCAUCUACAAUUUUGUGGUCAAGGUUUUCAAGCAUAUACGCGAUAAUGCACAUAAUAAUGAAUAG